AUGCACAGCGUGUGCCUCUACCACGCAGUGCCCAAGAGUCUGAACAUGUCCAUCGUGAACCCAGGAGGCCUUCCCCGCUACACGGACAUCGACGAGAACACACGCAAGCUAGCGGAAGAGGUGAUUCUGAACCAGUCUGCAGAUGGAAAGCAUGUCGGGCGCUUCCUGGAGUACGCCGAGGCCGCCUCCCUGCUGUGCGCAGUUCGCAAGUUUCAAGUCGGCUCGCAGUCGCCGACAUCAUCUGCCCGAGACCGGAUGCCUGGCGAAGCGGCACAUUCACAGAGCGUUUGCACUACGGCGGUGGCCUCGGCCAAGCUGAUCAACGGUAUCGACAAGUUCAUUGAGGAGAUGCCGAGGAGGCAUGGCAUCAUCGGCGACCUUGUCGGAUCCGGAAAGAUGUUCUUGCCACAGGUCAUCAAGAGUGCACGAGUCAUGAAGAAGGCCGUGGCGCGCCUGACCCCCUUCAUGGAAGAGGAAAGGCGUGCAGCCGCCCUCGCUGCCGGCGAGGACCCUGAUCAGCCCAGGUACAAUGGCGUUGUGCUGAUGGCCAGCCCUGUCUUUUCAUCUUCCUGUUCGACAUUGCGCCCUAGGUGGGUCGGCUUGAUCAUUCUGAAAGCCUUUUUGCACUUGACGUUGACACUCUCUUUCUGA